UGACACUAUCUGUCCUGAAGGGAAGACGCCGCAGCUGCAUGUGCUUUAGACCAGCUUUAACAGACCAGCUUUAACAGACCAGCCUUUACAGACCAGCUUCUACAGACCAGCUUCUACAGACCAACUCCUACAGAGACAUUUCCUUGUAGGCACAACAGCUGCUAGUCAAAAAGGCGCCGCCACUGAUUAUUAUCUGCUGGUGCAUUAACGAAACAUACCAACGGACGAGAAUGUGCUCGGUGGUUUCCAGAGUGAAGCCGGUACAACGGGCUCUGGCGGUCACCCUCCGCCUCAGAACAAACACCGAGGGCUCGAGUUACGCAGCACCCAGAAACAGGCGCGUCAGUCCCGGUUUACGUCCCGGCUUACACCCGCUACAAGCUACCUGGAGGUCGUACUGCUCCAGAAUGGCGAUGACAGACGGACUACUCUUCAGACAACUGUUUGAAUCUCAGAGCAGCACGUACACAUACCUGCUGGCAGACAAAGAGACCAAGGAGGCGAUCCUAAUCGAUCCUGUGCUGGAGACCAUCGACCGGGAUGUGAAGCUUAUAAAGGAACUGGGACUUGAUCUAAAAGUGGCUGUAAACACCCACUGCCAUGCGGACCACAUCACCAGCACUGGACUGAUGAAGAAAAGACUGGUUGGACUUAAAAGUGCCAUCUCCAAACUUAGUGGUGCCUCUGCAGAUAUUUACCUUUCAGAGGGCGACAAAAUCACCUUUGGGAAACAUUGUCUGACAGUGAGAGACACUCCAGGGCACACCGACGGCUGUAUGACGCUGGUGUCUGCUGAUCAGAGUAUGGCUUUCACUGGAGACGCUCUGCUCAUCAGAGGCUGUGGAAGGACUGACUUCCAGCAGGGAUGUCCUGCCAGGCUUUAUGAGUCAAUCCAUCAGAAGAUUUUUACCCUGCCUGACACCUGCCUCAUCUACCCAGCACAUGACUACUUAGGUCAGACAGUGUCUACAGUCGGUGAGGAACGCAGGUUUAACCCACGCUUAACCAAAAGCCUGGAGGAAUUUGUCCACAUCAUGAACAAUCUCAAUCUUCCUAAGCCUGAAAAAAUAGAUAUUGCAGUGCCUGCUAAUCUGGUCUGUGGAGUACACCAAGUUUGAAUUUCCUGCACAAGAAGAAUCUUAGUUGAAUGAACAACAUGCUAACAAAAAUAAUAAGCAAUCAUUUACACAAGAGUCAGACCAAACCACUAGAGAUCACCACAUAAUGCUUUAUUGGUUAUAUAUAUGUUGUAUGUAAAGAUGUAUAUUUGAAUAACUGUUGACUACUUGGAUAAAGAGAGUCAUCCCAUACUGACUGAGAAAAUAGCUUGAGUUUCACUUGAAGUCCUAGAACUGAGUGCCAAAGGUGUAUACAGGGAAAUGUAAAAGCAACCACUAUUACUCAUGAGACAAGAAUGGUUUAUAUUUGAAUUAAAUUUUAAUAUCAGCA